CUAAAUAGUUGGAUCGUGUGACUUUUAAGUUUUAAUAGUACUCAAAGAGGAAUAGAAGUGACGAAUAGAAGCAGUAAAAAGUACGCCUUUUCAUAUGGACAGACCGGUGCUCCUUCACCUUCUUCUUCCUCUUUUCUUCUUCAGGACAAGAAAGAGUUUUGCUGGAGUUCAAUCUUUCUCUUCUUUGCAGUGGCUGGAGUUUUCAGAAGAAUACUUGCACUUCACGUAGAUGGUGAAAUUUAUUAAGUUUAAUAUCUCUCUACGUCUAUGAAUGAGGGGAAUUGGGGUGAAAUAGCAGUGAACUUCUUGUUGUGAGCUGUUCGUUUGUUGGAGCUGAAUUCCAUUAACAUGGGGCGACCAAGAUUGAGGAAUUGUGAUGAUUUUUGUGAAGCAAGACGCGGAAAUAGAAACAAAGCCGAAUAUUCCGGUGAAAAAUCGAAACUAAAAAUUAGUGAAAAUAUUCGUCUCAUGCAAAACAUUUCAAAAUCAGAGAAUGCUGAUGAAGAUUAUUGUUGGUAUUUGAAGUUGAAGUUUUGCUACAGCUACGAUAAAAAUUCUCAGUCAUACACAAAUCAACAUGGAAAUGAUGGCAGUUAUGAUGAGGUUGAGGAGGAGGAUGAAGCUGACCCGCAGUACAAGAUGUUUUUGGCUAAUGCUAAGCCUGAUGGGAGGUCAUAUGUGCUUAGCGUUGAUACAAAGGAUAAGUUUCCUGUGUCCAUUAAGUAUGAAAAAGAGUGUGAGAGUAAAUAUGGGUGCAAAUGUUCGUGUCAGGAAAAACAGAAAGAUAUAGAGACGCAAAAGGAUGCUGUGGAUGAGGAAAUCUUGCCCAAUAUAUGUAGCAUAGAUGAGCUAAAUAAUCGGAAAUUUCCAAUGACUGAUGUCGGGUAUGAUAGCAAUAGAUCCAUGGGAAGUGUAGAUGAGGUAUUUGAGCUUUCCAAUCCUACUUCUCAGAGAAAAAAUGGGAUUAUGAGCCGGAAGCUUAGGAGGGGAAAAUGCGGUGCGUCCAAGAGGCAGGACAAGUGUGAGACUAAAAUAAAGUCAGGUAAGGAGAACAUGACAGAAAAAGGGAGUAAAACAGUUCGUGUCACCGGCAAAAGAACAGCGUCUGAUGUGGAUGAAGAUUAUGCGUUAGUCCUGGAGAAUCUUCAAUGUGAAAAUUGGGGCAUGAAAGCCUCGUUAAGAAACGGUUGCAAUAUUGAGUAUGAAGCUAUUGGCGAUGACCUUGAAAUCCUUUCCGACAAUAAUGAUAAGCUCAAGAAGAUAAGUAAGCAGUCUGAGUUCAGGCAGAAAGUCAUGGAUCUUUUGAAGAAGCCUUUCAAUUCAAAGGAGUACAAAGAACUAUGGACAUACGUCAACGAAAAAAAACCAGUAGAAAGGAAUAUGGAAUCGCGCAGAGGGGGAGUGAGGUCUUACCAGACAAACAAAAUGGGAAAAUCAUACCUGGAGUACUAUAUGGACCUAGAGGAAAAGCUCAAAGAAGUUGAUAAUGAUGAGAGGAAAAAGCUGAAGAUCCUGCGUGGAUUUUCGUUUUGGUUACAGAAUCUCACCAACAAAGGAGCCUUCAAACCUUGGAACGACACUGAGUUUCUUGCACGGGUGGCUGAAUCUAGUCUAGUUAAGAAGUGAUGCAUUUCCAGUCCAACUUUUUUCCGAUUAAUCACUCAGAGACAGCCACCGGAACAUGUCUAUGAAGUAUGUCGUGGUGAAGAUUGAAAUCGCGGACUGCAUUUACUUGAAGUCAGUAUAUCAUACAGGAAAAGCAAACCUAGCAGUGCAUUAUUUUGUGAAUUUUCUUCAUAGUGGUGCAACUUUUUUGAUUCUUUUUUGUGAUCUCCCCCUCCUGUCAUUUUUCUCAAGGCCCUGGGAGAUUUGUACAUCUCAAACAAGGAUGUAAAUGGUGUUGAUGUCAGUGUAUACAAAAGUUGGCAGAGUAGUCUUUUUUUGGACU